CUCUAUUUUUUUGGGCGGACGUAGUCACUGCCUUAGAACAAUCAUCUCAUGGUGUGUGUGUGAGUGUGUGUGUGAGUGCUAGUGAAUGUUGAUGCUGAUUGUGUGACUCAAAGAGAAUCUGAUGCUGGAGUAACUAAGGGAUUAAUCGUCUUGUUGAUCCUAACAACGUUUCAGUCUGUCAGGAUCAAGCGACCGGUGUCUACUUUGCCCUGGAACCGGACCACAACAAUGACCCAGCCUCGGCCGGACGAGUUCAAGCCGCCUCCGGAGUGCCCAGUCUUCGAACCAAGCUGGGAGGAAUUUGCGGAUCCCUUUGCAUUUAUCAAUAAGAUUCGACCCAUAGCUGAGAAAACUGGCAUCUGCAAAGUCCGACCGCCUCCGAAUUGGCAGCCUCCCUUCGCCUGUGAUGUCGACAGACUCCACUUCACCCCCCGCAUACAGAGGCUCAACGAGCUGGAGGCCCAGACUCGGGUCAAACUUAACUUCCUGGACCAGAUCGCCAAGUUCUGGGAGCUUCAGGGCUGUUCGCUCAAAAUCCCCCAUGUCGAGCGCAAGAUUCUGGACCUCUACCACCUCAACAAGCUGGUGGCUGAUGAGGGGGGCUUUGACAUCGUGUGCCGGGACCGGCGCUGGACCAAGAUCGCCCUGCAGAUGGGCUUCGCUCCUGGGAAGGCAGUGGGCUCCCACCUCAGGGCCCACUACGAGCGCAUCCUCUACCCAUACAACCUCUUCCAGACUGGGAACAACCUACUGGCCCCCGAGCUCGCAUCCAAACUGAUGCGAUACACAGACGACCGCGAGCUGGACCAGUGUGUGCAGAAGCCAGUGAUGACCCCUGACCUCAGUGAGAAGGAGUACAAGCUGCACGACGCCCCCCAGAGGACGGGAGUGAACCUGCAGCUGUCUGACUCCUCCCCCCCCUCACGCCGGGCCAAGCGCAUGGACCAGGGAAACUCCGCCCCCACCGCAGAUGAGCUGCCAAUCAAACUGUCAGGGUGUGUGAAGACGGAACCAGGAGAGGUGUGUGAGAACCGGCCAAACCUCAGGAGACGCAUGGGCUCACUGGUGGCCAAGCCUGAGCCAGCAGAGAGAGAGGCCCCCAUCCUGGUGAAGCCCGAGCCUCUGGAGCCCAAACUCAUCAGCGAGUCUCUGAUGGACAAGAGCAAGGGCCGCUACCGCAAGACCCCACCUAUGCUCAGUGUGGUGGACCUGUACGUGUGUCUAGUGUGUGGCAGUGGAACCAACGAAGACAAGCUGUUGCUAUGCGAUGGUUGUGACGACAGCUAUCACACCUUCUGUCUGAUCCCGCCCCUUUGUGAUGUACCCAGAGGAGACUGGAGGUGUCCCAAGUGUCUGGCACAGGAGUGUGGGAAGCCUCCGGAGGCCUUUGGCUUUGAACAGGCUCGUAGGGAUUACUCUCUCAGAGCCUUCGGUGAGAUGGCCGACAACUUCAAAUCAGAUUACUUCAAUAUGCCAGUCCAUAUGGUGCCCACUGAGCUGGUAGAGAAGGAGUUCUGGCGUCUGGUGAGCACCAUAGAAGAAGACGUGACGGUGGAGUACGGAGCAGACAUCGCCUCCAAGGAGUUCGGCAGCGGCUUCCCCAUCAGGAACGGCCGUCUGAAGAUCGCCCCCGCCGACGAGAAGUACCUGAGCUGCGGCUGGAACCUGAACAACAUGGCGAUGAUGAACCCGUCGGUGCUGACCCACGUGACCGCAGACAUCUGUGGCAUGACUCUGCCCUGGCUCUACGUGGGCAUGUGCUUCUCCUCCUUCUGCUGGCACAUCGAGGACCACUGGAGCUACUCCAUCAACUACCUGCACUGGGGCGAGCCGAAGACGUGGUAUGGGGCUCCAGGCUAUGCAGCGGAGCAGUUGGAGGGCGUGAUGAGGAAGCUGGCCCCCGAACUCUUUGAAUUGCAGCCAGACCUGCUGCACCAGCUGGUCACCAUCAUGAACCCCAACACACUGAUGAGCCACGGAGUACCGAUCUAUCGGACCAAUCAGUGUGCAGGAGAGUUUGUCAUCACCUUCCCCAGAGCCUAUCACAGCGGCUUCAAUCAGGGCUUCAACUUCGCAGAGGCCGUCAACUUCUGCACCGUGGACUGGAUGGCGCUGGGGCGUCAGUGUGUGGACCACUACCGCCUCCUGAACCGCUACUGUGUGUUCUCCCACGAUGAGAUGAUCUGCAACAUGGCCUCCAAAGCCCCGGGGCUGGACGUGGUGCUGGCCUCCGCCGUGCACAGGGACAUGGCCUCCAUGCUCCGGGAGGAGAAGGAGCUGCGAGAGCGCGUCCGCAAGAUGGGAGUGGUGCAGAGCGAGGUGUUUCAGUAUGACCUCCUGGCGGAUGAUGAGCGUCAGUGUGUGAAGUGUCGCACGACCUGCUUCCUGUCCGCUCUCACCUGCCCGUGCCGCCCGGGGGUACAGGUGUGUCUCCACCACGCCGGGGACCUCUGCUCCUGCCCCUUCUCCAAGUACACACUCAAGUACCGCUUCACACUGGAUGACUUGUACCCAAUGAUGAAGGCCGUGAAGAAGAGGGCGGAGCCUUAUAAUGAGUGGGCGGCCGUUGUCACUGAUGUCCUGGAGGCCAAACUUGACAAGAAGCGUGCUCUGUCCGUGUUCCGCUCGCUGAUUGAGCAGUCUGAGCGGCAGGAGUUUCCUGACAGUGACCUGCUGCGUGAGCUGCGUGUGGCCACACUCGACGCCGAGAAGUGCUCCUCCGUCGCCCAGCAGCUGCUCAACGGCAAGAGACAAACUAGGCUUCGGUCUGGAGGUGUUAAGACGCAGAACCAGCUGACUGUAGAGGAAGUGAGGUCAUUUGUCAGGCAGCUCUACAACCUUCCCUGCAGCCUGCCACAGGCCCCACUGCUGAAGGAGCUGCUGAACCGGAUCGAGGACUUCCAGCAGCACAGUGAGGCGGUGCUGAGCGCCCCGCUGACGGCGGAGUGUGUGUGUGAGCUGGAGGGUCUGCUGGAGGCCAGCGCUCAGCUGGACGUGGCCCUGCCCGAGCUGCCCUGCCUCCGCAGCCGUCUGGAGCAGGCGCGCUGGCUGAGGGAGGUGCAGCAGGCCCACGCACACACACACACACACACACACUCGCCGCCCGCAGCGCACACACACGCCCGGGCCCGCGGGCUCACCCUGGACGCCAUGCGGCGGCUGAUCGACCAAGGCGUGGGGCUGAGCCCAAACCCGGCGCUGGAGAGGGCCAUGGCCCGGCUGCAGGAGCUGCUCACCGUCUCCGAGACCUGGGAGGAGAAGGCCCACAGCCUGCUCAGAGACCGGCCCAUGCACUCUGUAGAGGAGCUGAGGGAGUGUGUGAGGGAGGUGGAGACUAUCCCAGCACACCUGCCUAACUGCCUGCUCCUGCAGGACACACUCCGCAAAGCCAAGGACUGGCUGCAGGAGGCCGAGGCUAUACAGCAGAGAGGUCGUAUCCCCGUGUUGGACUCUCUAUCGGACCUCAUCACGAGGGGGCGGUCUCUCCCAGUACACCUGGAGCCCCUGGCACGCCUUGAGGGCCUAGUCGCAGAGGUCAUGACCUGGAAGGAAUCCGCCGCUAAGACCUUCCUGCUUAAGAGCUCCACCUUCAGUCUCCUGGAGGUGUUGUGUCCUCGCUGUGAGGUGGGCGUGAGCUCGCCGAAGCGCAGAGCUAAGAAAGAGAAGAAGAAGGCGGGACUUGACACUCUGAGUGAUGUAGAGAAGGCCCUAUCAGAGAGCACCGCCUCCGCCGCAGCAAUGCAGACUCUGGAGGCGGUGCGGGCGCGGGAGAUGGAGUGUGUGUCGGCGCUGCGGGCGUCUAACGAGUCCAAGCUGCUGCCGGCGGGCGACUGUGACCACCUGCGUGUGUGUGUGUGCCAGCGCGCCCCGGCGGGCGCCAUGCUGCAGUGUGAGUUGUGUCGCGACGCCUUCCACAGCGUGUGCGUGCGGGGGGCGGAGCCUCAGGGGCAGGGGGAGGGGCCCUGGCUGUGUCCUCAGUGCCAGCGCUCACAGCGCCCCCCGAUGGACAGGAUCCUGCCGCUGCUGGCCGCGCUGCAGCGCACACGCGUACGCCUGCCCGAGGGCGAUGCCCUGCGCUUCCUCAUCGAGAGGACCGUCGCCUGGCAACGACGUGCACGCCAGGUCUCCGCCUCCUGCUCAGAUCCCGCCCUGCUGCUUCCUGCCGCAGACAAGGCGCUGCAGGGACACACUCCUGACUGGAACAGGACCAGCCCAGCACAGACACCAUUCUACAUCGAGCAGCGAUGUAUCCCUCUGCAGGGUCUCAAGCCAGAGCUAGAGGCUCUGAUGGUGGAGGGUCUUCUUCUGCAGGCGUCUCUCCCUGAGACUCAGCAGCUGUACCGCGUCCUUCUCAACGGCCCCAUCUCACCACACAGCAGUGGCCACGGCAACGCGUCGCCGCGGGUAACCGCCCAUGGCGACGCACCCAAACAGUCCCACUGUCAGGGAAGAAGCCCACAGAAAGAGGAGUGUGUGGGUGUGUGUGAAGCUUCGUCUCUGUCUCCGGCCCAGGAGUGUGUGGGUGUGUGUGAGGCGGACCGUAAGCCCAAGCGGCGUGUGCUGCCGGUGGAGCGGGUGGAUCGGGCGGAGCGGGCAGAGCGGGUGCACCCCGAGGCUCUGUGCCAGCUGCUGACCCCGCGACGUAAGCGUGCCCGCAUCAGCCGUGAGCACCGACGCCACCGCCAGGCUGCCUCUGCCUCCGCAUCGCCCUCCGCCCGCUCUGACCUCUCCUCUGACCCCUGCGACCUCUCCGACCCCUGCCGCUCCGACGACUCCGAGGACGAGGCCCUCCUCUGCCCAGCCGAGCACUGCCAGCAGCCCGAGGGGGACGAGGUGUUCUGGGUGCAGUGUGACGGCAGCUGUAAUCAGUGGUUCCACAUGAUGUGUGUGGGCGUGACGGCGGAACUGGCGGAGAAGGAGGACUACGUGUGUGUGAGCUGCGUCGGCCGCAAAUGAGCCCAGGACCACUGGAGGACCGAACCCCCCCUCCCCCUUCAUCUGUUCGUUCCCCCCCCCCCUUCAUCUGUCCGUUCCUCCCCGCCCCCAAACGGUGCUAUCUCCACUUGUGGGAUUGGUUGUCCUCAGCUAUUCUAUUGGUCACAUGUCGGUCACAUGUUUUUGUAUUUCUACAGCCUUGUGUUCUCCCUCUGUAGAGCUGUGUAUGUGUGUGUGUGUGUGUGUGUGUGUGUGUGUGUGUGUGUGGGUUCUCCCUCUGUAGAGCUGUGUGUGGUUGUCUUUUAACAAGAAGAGAAUGAACACCUGUAAAGGGAGAGAGGGGGGUAGAGAGAGGGAGAGAGAGAGGGGGGGUGAGGGAGAGCUGGGUGUGUGCUGCAUGGGUUUCCGUUGACGAUGGGGGUGGGGGGGUGGGGUGAUGUGUGGGGGGGUUAAUCCGUGACACCCCUUCUUUGAAGACCUGUUUGUGUUUCCUGCCGCCUGAGGCGUCCUGCAUGCUGAACCAGAGACAAACAACAAACAAUCAACAAACAAACAAACAAAUGCAGGAACAAACAACAGAAGAAAUUUGUUUUUCACCAAAUAUACAAUAAAUGUUAAAGAAAUAAAGAGAUACAUAUUUUUUUGGAAACCCACUGUUUAGUACAUGCAUCAGGAUGAGAUGUGUUUCUCUCGAUCUUAUUAUAAUGCUAAUUAUGAUUUUUUUUGUAGUAUAGUUGUAUUUAUCACAGCAAUAAUGUCUGUCUGUGUUGGGACAGGAGAUGUUUUCUUUUGGGGGGGGGGGGGGGGGGGGGGGCGUGGGUUGAUAUAGUUUGAAGUGCUGGCUAGGCAGUUGGGUGCAGGGUCUCGAGCUGGAGCUGACUAAGGGUGGGGUGGGGUGGGGGGGAACAUCUUUUUGGAAUGGGGCUGAGUGUCAUGAUGCUGCCACCGACACAGUCUGGGGGGGGGGGGGGGGGCGCUGUGGGGAAUUGGGAAUGGAAUUAGCCUGUUUAAGAUGUGCAGUUUAUAGUGUGGAAUAAAAAACUUUUGUUGUAAUAUCUUA